AGCCUCCACAAGGAAGCAUCGGGGCUGUAUUUAAAGUUGCUCGGGACAGUGGUUUGUAGGUCAGUGUUGUGUUAUUGUGGACUUUGUUUAAAAGUGUCAAAGUAAAGCCCUAAACUGCAGCUGAAGAUGAAAGCCCCUCUGCUGCUGAUUAUGACUGUUUGGUUAAACACUCAGUACGGCGGCAGCUUUGUCUCCUCUUCAUGCUCCCAUCCUCCAUCAAAGUGGUGCUCAUCUCUGGACACAGCUAUCCAGUGCGGGGUUUUGAAGCAGUGCCUUGAGUCUAACUUCACCAGGUCCCAUCAGACAGCAGAUUCAAUCCAGGUGGGGCUUUACUAUGAGAGUCUAUGCCCUGGCUGCAGAGGUUUUCUCACUGAGAUGCUCUUCCCCACCUGGCUCUUGCUGAGUGACAUCAUGACUGUUACUCUGGUGCCCUACGGAAAUGCUGUGGAGAAACCUGAUGGACAGAAAUUUGUUUUCGAUUGCCAGCAUGGAGAACAGGAAUGUCUGGGUAACAUGAUUGAGACUUGUCUACUAAACAUGACCACUAUUGCUUUCCCGGUCAUCUUCUGUAUGGAGUCCUCAAGUGAUGUCAUCAAUUCAGCCAAAAGCUGUUUGGAAAUCUACAAUCCCCAGUUGAGCUGGGACAAAGUCAUGGGCUGUGUGAAAGGGGAUCUGGGAAACCAGCUGAUGCAUCUGAAUGCCAUGAAGACCAAAGCGCUGAAUCCACCACACAAAUAUGUGCCUUGGGUGACCAUUAAUGGGGAGCACACAGACGAUUUGCAGGACAAAGCCAUGAAUUCUCUCUUCACUCUCGUCUGCAACAUGUACAAGGGCACCAAGCCUGCAGCCUGCGGAGGGGGCCACAAACACUUCAAAAGCUACUGCCACAAUGAGUGAAGGAGCAGCACUACACUUGCCUUUAUACUUGCUCUGCUCCAGGUGUGGCCACUAAAUAAGCAACACUGAGGAAUGUCAUCAAAUAUAUAUUUCUUAAUCUUU